CUUGCUCCGCACUAAUGAACAGUGUUCGUUCGGUGCUUUCCACGUUUUGCGCGUUUUCCAUGCACGCGGUGAUUCUCUGCGUAUAACUGUAUAUUUGCGAGGUAGGAUGCGAACUAUCUCAGGAUAGGGUCCAGUGCCGGGCUCCUGGGGAUGCCGUAAUGACCAACAGAAAGACACAUUCCUCUUGAUGACCUGAGUAACCUUCAAGUGCACAGGAAACAAAUCGUUUACAACCCUAAACCACGUAAGAAGGGGCAGGAGGAAUAACUGCACAUGGACAAUCAGCAGUGUGCAUAUGGCCAAGUGCUGCGUGUAUCCAGAACAGGGAUCUUCGAUGUGAAGCUCUAAAAGGUAGCGCAGGGCUCAUAGCCGGCGGGUGGCCAUGCGCCCCGGGGCGCCCAGGCUGGCCGAGUUGCUGAGCUGUCACCUCGUGCUCGUCCUGCUUAUGUGUCGCCCCGGGCUACCAGCGGACCAGCAGGACACCAAGAAGACCCUCACGAUUGGAUAUCUGGCCGCCUUGACGGGCACACUCAAGGACCGACAGGGGCUGGCUGUGUCCGGGGCGCUGUCCAUGGCCCUGCAGCAAGUGAACAACAAUCCCAGCAUCCUGAAGAACAUCGAGCUGGUCUUGCGAUGGAACGACACGAAAGGGGAUCGUGUUCGAGCGACCCUGGUCAUCACGGAGAUGCUGUGUGACGGCGUGGCGGCUUUCAUAGGUCCCGAAGGAUCCUGCUUCGUCGAAUCCAUCGUAUCUCAGUCCCGCAAUGUGCCCAUGAUCAGUUAUAAAUGUAAAGACCCAGAAGCAUCUGCUGUGGACACGUUUGCAAGGACUGAACCACCAGACACACAGGUAACCAAAUCUGUGAUCUCACUGCUGCGCUACUAUAAUUGGAGGAAGUUUGUCAUACUGUAUGAAGAUUACUGGCAACCAGUAGCCAUGUCACUGGAGGAUCAAGCUGUGAGAAACAACAUGACUGUGAAGCAUAAGCGUGCAGUGAAUGAUAACAUCAACUGUUGUGAGAAUGAUCUGCCUUGUUGUCAGACCAGUUACUGGUAUCAAGUGAUGCAGGCCACACGCAACAUCACACGCAUAUAUGUGUUCCUGGGAAAUCCAAAAGUUCUUGUGGAAAUGAUGAACACCAUGCAUGCCCUCCAGAUGUUUGACAAUGGCGAGUACAUGGUUAUCACAGUGGAUAUGGAAACUUAUUCUUACAGAGAGGCUUUCAAAUAUCUUUGGCAACCAGAACAAAUGGAAAAAGUGGAGAAUUGUGAACAACAUCAAAAAGGAUUUUUAAAUCGUGGACGCUCACUUCUUGUGGUAGUCUCCAGCCCACCAAAUGAAGCUCGAUACAGGGAUUUCACUAGCAAAGUUGCAGAAUACAACAAAAAAGAACCAUUCAACUUCACCAUGCCAAGUAUCUUGCAGAAAGAUGGCUUUCACAAGUAUGUAUCGAUUUAUGCAGCCUAUCUGUACGAUGCUGUGAUGUUAUAUGCCCGAGCUUUGGACAUGCUUCUCCAGAAAUACGAUGUUGUGACAGAAGAAAUUUUGCAUAAAGUUGCCAGUAAUGGAACACUGAUCAUUGAGAUGCUGAAGAAUCAUACAUAUGAAAGCAUCACAGGGUCAUCCAUCAAAAUGGACCACAAUGGGGAUUCUGAGGGGAACUUCUCUGUGGCAGCACUCAAACCUUACCGAUAUGUGUACAGUACAAAAAUGUACAACUUCACUUGUGACUACUUCAUAAGGCCAGUGGCUGGUUUCCAGCAGGGAGAAAACCCUGAAUACAAACCAGACUGUUUUUACAAGCCUGAUUCGGACUCAGACUCAGACUCAGACUUCGACUGUCACAUCGACUGGCCCGGUGGUCGCAAGCCGGACGAUGAGCCCAGCUGUGGAUUUGAACAUGAGCGGUGUCAGAGCGACAAGCAACAAACAAGUGUGAUUGCUGCAGCCACACUGGGUGUGUUCCUGUUCUGUGCAGGUGUCAUCACUCUGUCCAUCUACCGCAAGUGGAAGAUUGAGCAGGAGAUAGAGGGUCUGUUGUGGAAGAUUGAUCCACAAGAUUUGCAUGGCUAUUGUAACAAUGACAUCAUUUCAUCCCCUAGCAAGCUCAGCUUGGUGAGUGCAACAUCAUAUGAGUCGCGCUGUGGGGGACAAGUUUUUGCCACAACUGGUCAGUAUAAAGGUGUGAUGGUACGCAUCAAGGAACUCAAGUUCUCAAAGAAAAAGGACAUUGCUCGUGACGUGAUGAAGGAGAUGCGUGUGUUGCGUGAUAUCCGUCAUGAUAACAUUAACUCCUUCAUUGGUGCUUGCCUCGAGCCUAUGUGUGUCCUCAUCAUCACAGACUACUGUGCCAAAGGCAGCCUGUAUGAUAUAGUGGAGAAUGAAGAUAUCAAGUUGGACAUGAUGUUUAUGGCAUCACUGGUUCAUGAUCUCAUUAAGGGCAUGUUGUACAUUCAUAGCUCCAUACUGGGCUUCCAUGGCAAUCUCAAGUCAUCCAACUGUGUGGUAACAAGUCGGUGGGUGCUCCAAAUCACAGACUUCGGACUGCAUGACCUGAGGCACAGUGCAGAGAGUGAUAGCAUUGGAGAGCAUCAGUAUUACCGAAAUUUAUUGUGGAAGGCACCUGAGUUGCUUCGUGAUCCUAACAACUCUCCUUGUGGUUCUCAGAAGGCUGAUGUCUAUGCUUUUGCUAUCAUCCUUUACGAAAUCAUUGGGCGAAGAGGUCCAUUUGGUUCUACUCGUUACGAGCCCAAAGAGAUUGUGAACCGUGUGAGGCAGAUACCCUCGCCAGGUCAGGAACCAUUCAGACCAAACUUGGAAUUGCUGCAGGAUGCAGAUGUUGAGUGUCCAGACUACAUCCUCUCUUGCAUGCAGGACUGCUGGGCAGACAACCCUGACAUGCGACCUGACUUUGCAGCCAUUCGCUCACGUCUCAAAAAGAUGAAGGAGGGCAUGCAUCGGAACAUCAUGGACCAAAUGAUGGACAUGAUGGAGAAAUAUGCCAACAAUCUGGAGGAUCUAGUCAGUGAGAGGACUCGACUGCUUAUUGAAGAGAAGCAGAAGACCGAGGACCUCUUGAACAGAAUGCUGCCAGCGCCAGUUGCAGAACAGUUAACCAAAGGGAUUGGGGUGGAACCCGAAUCUUUCGAUUUAGUCACUAUAUACUUCAGUGAUAUUGUCGGUUUCACGGCAAUGUCAGCUGAGAGUACACCACUGCAGGUGGUGAAUUUCUUGAAUGACCUGUACACAUUGUUUGACAGGAUCAUCAAGGGGUAUGAUGUGUACAAAGUAGAAACAAUCGGUGAUGCUUACAUGGUGGUCUCUGGUCUUCCCAUUAGGAAUGGCGACCGGCAUGCUGGUGAAAUAGCAUCGAUGUCAUUAGAUUUAUUAGAAGGUGUUCGUCACCAUUGUAUUGCACACCGCCCCAAUGAAGUUCUGAAGCUUCGAAUUGGCAUCCACACAGGACCAGUAGUAGCUGGUGUGGUUGGGCUCACCAUGCCUCGCUAUUGUCUGUUUGGAGAUACAGUGAACACUGCCAGUCGCAUGGAAUCAAAUGGGGAACCCCUUAAGAUCCACAUCAGUCCACAGUGCAGAGAUGCACUAGACAAGAUUGGGGGUUAUGUCAUGGAAGAGAGAGGUCCAAUCCAGAUGAAGGGCAAAGGAACAGUGAACACUUUCUGGCUGGUGGGAGCAACAGAUAAAGCCAUCCAGAAACGUGAAGUUGAUCUUGCAGAACUCCCACCAUUGUUUUGCCGACCUCGACGAAGCCCUAAACUGAAUGCAGACUCUAGACAGGCAUCGAUAUGCGGAGGCAGUCGUCGCCAGUCCAGUGUCCCACGGGGUACUGGAGGAACAGAUGCUCAAGACAGCACAUCCUCCCUUCACAACUCCAGCCCAGCAACACGUGGAGGACGUUUACGUGUUCCUGCAUCGCCUCCCCCACCAGCUGAUACCCCCACUUCAGUUGCAUCACGGACCACUCUGGAUGCCAGUGCAGCAGAAAGUACUUCCCUGGAGCACUUAUCUCCACCAAGACAUCACCGAGUAAUACGAGAGUUCCGGUCACUGGAUCCAUUUCCUGAUGGACAUUUGAACCCAUCCUCUCGACUGACCCUUCAGAUCCCAAAGAGGAGCUCACAUUCACUGGAAAACUGUGUGGGCAGCAGUGGGGGUAAAUUUCCUGCGUCCAUUGACAGUAGACACCUUAUAAAUAAUAAUCAUCCUAAUGGUGACAUACUUCCUGCUAGAGGAGACGUUAGUGCUGAAGAUGUGCGGGCACCACUCUUGGGAAAUGACAUUAACAAUUUUCAUAUCGUACAGCAAGAAGCAUUCCCAGAUUUCAAGCCAGCCAAACGAUGGCAUUCACUUGAAGAAGUUCCAGGGUCAGAUUCAGCAGUUGUAGUGGCAGGAGAAGGAGGCAAAAAAGCAGCAUUAGCACGGGGGUCUCUUCGUAGCUGGCUGGCUGAUCUCUUCAGUGGCAAUGGACUACGUGCUAAUGAUGCUUCUCUGAGGAAAGGGAUUCAUGGCCAUGGCUAUGGUGAUCUGCAGUCAGAAAAAGAGAGCAUCGUGUGAUGUGUGCAUCAGGGUCACUUAAUCAGAAAAUAGAUCCACUGGCAGGUACAGCGUUGUGCAGUCUGAGGAAGGGUUCACUGGUCACUGGCUGUGGCAGCGAUGGAGACACAAGAUUUUGUGAUGUAACUUCAUUAGUAUGGCCAAAAUAUAAUUGAAUUUUAAGUCCCUAAUAUUAUAUUUCAGCGUCCUGUUGCAGUAAAUAGUUAAUUUUAUUAUGUAGACCAUAUUUUUCUGCAGCUUUCAUUGUUGUUCUCCGUGUUGCAUUCACCACUUUGUUCACAUCAUGUUUCUGCGUCACAUGGCCGUCAUCAAAUGUGCCAAUUCUGUGAUGUGAGUUGUGUCACUGUAUUUUGAUUAUUUUAAGAAUAGCUUAAUUAAUGUCUUAGUUAAAAUACUGGUGUUAACAAGUUUGCUACUGGCCUCUCAGUGGGCAAUUUAAAUACCCAGCCCAGGGUUUUUAAAUGUCAUACUUUUAAUGCAUUCAUUGAUUAGCAAAAUCCAGAAAUGCCUCUACUCAUGAACUAUGACAGACAGGAAUCUGUUUGCACAUGUUGCUGUCUGCCCUAAGUCAGAUACCAUAAUUACAUACGGGAAUGCUUAUCUGACCACUGGUCGAAUGUGGGAGUGAAUGUGUUAAUGAAUGAAUGUAUAAGGGGUGGGCCUUCUUGGCCCUUUGCACCAUGACCACAGUGAUCUAUUGUGCAUCAUAGUGUUAAUAGUCCAAAUGUUAUUUCUUGGAGCUUGAACAUUUUUUUGUAACCCACUGUGCAUAUUGUGUCUCAAUAUAGCUGUAUCAGAAUGAAGAUGUUAUUUCCAUAAAGUCUCCAUGCGUCAACCACAAACACCCCAUAAAACAAAGACCAUGAAGAGAUAAUACCAAGACAGUGCUGAGACACAAUGUAUACAAUAGGUUGCAGCAGUUUUUGAGAAAUAAUGUAGGAUUUAAUUGAUAAUGCCAGUCUUUUCAUUAAUUCAAGCAUUAGUUAAUAAUAAUUAAUUAAGCUUCUCUCAACAUGAGCAAAAUACAGUGAAAACGAUGUCAUACAAUUAGUAUACUUAAUGAUGGCUGCGUGAAGGCUGAAAGAUGUCUUAAACAAAUGAGUUAAUGUUGCAUGACAGAGAAGAAUUAUCACACAACCAAAGUUGUGUGUGGCCCCAGAAUGAUAGCUAAAUUGUAUAAGCAUCUGCCCAGGACAACAAUCUGAAAUGGCCUUGCAUCCUACUCACUUUUGUUUUCUCUCAUUUACAAUUCUGAUUCAUUACCGCCAAAGGGAAUCAGUUUUAACGUCACUAAAUUUGAUGAAAACCUAUUAGGUUACCUCUUCUGCUAUGACAACUGUCAUUGUUACCUUCUAAACAGUAACUUUGGUGUGAUCUGCCAUUCCCAGACUCCUCUGCAUUGUUUACCUCAGGGCCUCUUGAUCAUGAAAAGAUAUCAGGAAGAAAUCCCCCUGAUAUGUGGAAAGUCAUGCAGUUCAUAUGAAUGAAUCUGCCAUCAGUUCUUCAAUGAACCUGUAUGCAGUUUAAUUACAGAAGGCUAUGGAGACCAACCUUGCUGUUGUGUUGGAUUUGAGGUUCUCACAGUGGUGACUGUGAAGGGUAAGAUCUGGGCUGUAACACUAUGUAGUUAGUAGAAAUCUACAUAGAUUUUUGAGGAACAUAGGUGGACUUCUGCUGAACUACGUGGCAUAAUAACCCAGAUCAUACUCUUCAUAAUGACCUGUUUUUCAAUCUGUGUAUGGCUCCAUUACAAAGUGGAGAGAGAUAACGAGCAAGUGCAUGCAUAUUUUGUAAUGUAAGUCUCACCAUGUGACAUUUCUUUAUGUGGUCCUGUUGUCACUUUUUACUGUAUACCAUACUGCACAUGUCCAUGAUAGUUACAUAUUUUAAGCAGAUGCUAUUGUAAGUGUAUUCUGUAAAUAUCAGAAGGAAAAGAGAUGCACUUUUUUUUCUAAGAAUCAAAACUGUGAACUAUCAGUACUAACUGCUGAAGCUAUAGAAACAUCGCUAUGGUUUCCCUCAUUUCAGAUUCAAAUUUUUGUUGUUUGGGUGCCUUGUCAUUGACUUCAUAUGCCCCACGAUAAUAAUAUAUCUGAAAAGAAAGAAACUGGGAAGUGCAGUGAUGCUGCAUGUUGUACUGGCAUAUUAUUAACCCUUUCUAUGCUAUAAACAAGAACUGAAAAUAUUCUUUUGAUUUCCUUUAAUAACUGAAGCUGUUUGCACUUGGAAUUAUGAGGUUCUUGGACUUUGUCCAUCAUCCAGUAGUCGAAAAACUAGCAAA